AUGCGCUCCUCUAUCCUUUCCGCCCUGUACGUCCUCGCGGCCGGCACCUCAGCCCUACCCGCCUCCUCAGCAGCACAGGACACAGCAACCACCAUCCCCUCCUCCACCGCCUCCGCAAGCUCAACCCCCACCCCCUAUGACUUCACCGCCGGCGCCGUGCCCUCUUUCCCCAUCCAUUCCUCCUGCAACAGCACCCUCCGGCGGCAGCUCGAGCGGGCCCUAGACGAGACGGUCGAGCUGGCCGCACACGCGCGGGACCACAUCCUCCGCUUCGGCAGCGACUCGCCCUUUGUGCAGAAAUACUUUGGCACUGGCAACGGCACCGAUGGGGCAGCUCUGGCCUCGACCGCUAUGCCCCUGGGCUGGUUCAGCCGCGUGGCGUCCGCGGACCGCGGCAACAUGACCUUCCGCUGCGACGACCCGGAUGAGAACUGCGCGACCCAGGACGAAUGGGCGGGCCACUGGCGCGGCGCCAACGCGACGCAGGAGACGGUCAUCUGCGCGCCAUCGUUUGCGAAGCGGCGCUGGCUGAGCUCGGUGUGCGGGCUGGGCCACACCGUCGUCGGCUCGCCGCUCAACACCUUCUGGGCCACCGACCUGCUGCACCGCGUCCUACACGUGCCGCGCAUCAGCGAGGGCAUCGUCGAGCACUUUGCCGAGGACUAUGAAGGGGUCCUGGAGCUGGCCAAGAGCGACCCGGCCAAGUCCGCCAUUGAUAGCGAUACCCUGCAGUACUUUGCUAUUGAUGUGUAUGCGUUUGAUGUUGCGGCGCCGGGGGUGGGCUGUACGGGGGAUGAGGAGUAG